UAUAUAGGAAUAUUGAUUUUUGUCGAAUUUGAACGGCUAAAAAAUGUUAACUACAAGAUCUACAAAGACGCCGGUCUCUAAUCAUCAUAAAGAAAGUAAUAUUGCACGGAUAAUGGGAUCAGUUACAGCAGGAAUACUUGAAUUAGGAUUAUUUCACCCGAUUGAUACAAUUUCAAAGAGACUUAUGAGUAAUCAAGGAAGAAUAACGUCAUUAUCACAUCUGAAUAAAGUUAUAUUUAAUAAGAAUACAUUGUCACCGUUGUCUUUGAAGUUUAUAUCAUUAUUUCCUGGGUUAGAAUAUGCAGCAGGAUAUAAAAUUCUUCAACGGGUAUAUAAAUAUUCUGGUCAACCUAUUGUUACAGAUUAUUUAUCAAGUCAUUAUGGAGGAUCAUUUCAAAAAAUUUUUGGCAAAGAAAAUAGUAAAGCAAUGAUACAUGCAACAGCAGGAAGUAUUAUUGGAGUAGGAGAAAUUAUACUUCUUCCUCUGGACAUGUUAAAAGUCAAGCAUCAAACUAAUCCUGAUGCUUUUAAAGGAAGAAAAUUAUUUCAAAUUAUUAUUGAGGAAAAUUUCAAAUUAUAUAGAGGAUGGGGUUGGACAGCAGCUAGAAAUGCGCCAGGAAGUUUUUCACUUUUUGGGGGAAAUGCGCUUGCAAAAGAACAUCUUUUUGGACUUUCUGAUUAUACAAAAGCUACAUGGUUACAAAAUUUUGUAGCAUCAAUUGCAGGUGCAGUUGCAAGUCUUACUAUCAGUGCGCCUUUAGACGUAAUUAAAACUCGUAUACAAAAUCAAAAUUUUGAUCAUCCAAGGAGUGGAUUAUCAAUUUUAAAAAGUAUGAUUAAAAAUGAAGGCAUUUUUUCAUUUUUUAAAGGAUUAACUCCAAAAAUUCUCACGGUAGGACCUAAAUUGGUAUUUUCAUUUACACUUGCUCAAUCAUUAACACCUAUGUUUGAUACAUUUUUUUCUACAUCCAAAAAACAUAUAUAUUAAACGUUUUAAAUUCGAAUAUUCAGCAGAUAAAUAUAAAA